CUGUUGUGUGAUGAAAGAAGACUCCUCGUCUUACAGUGAGGAACAGAGGAAGGCUGCAGUGUGCAAUGGAUUACACCAUGGGUCAAACUGAUCAGCGUCAGCCAGAGUAACUACGACCAGUAUGAGAUGGAGAUUGUGCAGGUUAUCAAAGAGGGGACAGAGGAAGGCCUGAACGGGAAUGAAAAGAGGAUGUUCCUCUCUCAUGCAAGCUGUAGGACAGGACUUGGUUUGAGAGAGGGUCAGGACUAUCUGAUCAUUGGGCCCAUCACUGAUGUUUGGCAUGGAGGGAGCACGUCCAACAAGUAUGUGUAUAUGUUGGGUAAGGACACAUGGGUCGAGCGCUGGCCAUCCGAGUCUGAAUGCGGGGCUGGAUCCACACUGGAGGAGAAAUGCGGCGCGCUGAAGAGCUUCGAAAAGGCACUGACAGAAAGCGGCUGUCAGACUUGAGACAGAUGUUGGCAAAACUGGAUUUUGAGUCUACGGCAUUUUCACAUGCAUUAAAAAAA